AUGGAGAGAGCCAACCACACACUUGUCACUGAAUUUGUCUUCCUGAGAUUUUCUAACUCCCCAUGUCUCCAGCUGCUCUUCUUCUCCCUCUUCCUCCUGGUCUACCUCUUGUCCAUGGUAGGCAAUGCACUCAUUGUGUUCAUUGUUCUCCUGGAUGGACACCUUCACACUCCCAUGUACUUCUUCAUCAGCAACCUCUCCCUGGUAGAGCUCUGGUACACCACAGUCACCGUGCCCAAGAUGCUGGCGAAUUUUCUAAGUCCCCAAGGGGUCAUCUCGGUUCCCAACUGCAUCACCCAAUACUACUUCUUCUUCUCCUUGGCUGCCACCGAGCUCUUCAUCCUCACCACCAUGGCCUUUGACCGCUACGCUGCCAUCUGCGACCCACUCCACUACCCACUGCUGCUCAGCCCCCAAAUCUGUGGGACUCUGGCUGGGGUCUGCUGGUCCGUGGGAUUUCUCUGCCCCAUGUUCCCCUCAUUCCUCCUUGCACAAAUCUCUUUUUGCACCCCCAACCAGAUUAACCACUUCUUCUGUGAUGCUGAUCAGAUUUUUCGUCUUUCCUGCACAGACACAUAUGCCAUCCAAGCAGUGAGCUACGCUUUCAGCACUGUCAUUAUCCUAGGAGCCCUGGUCUUUACCAUAGCUUCCUAUGCCCGAAUCCUAGCCACAAUUCUAGCCAUGGCCUCAGCUGCUGCCCAACGCAAGGCCUUCUCCACCUGCACAGCCCACCUUUCUGUGGUCACCAUCUACUUUGGCACUCUCAUAUUCAUGUAUGUCCGCCCAGCAGUGAAAUAUGAGUCGGAUAUCAACAAGAUUGUUGCCAUCUUCUACUCAGUCAUCACCCCACUUCUCAAUCCUCUCAUCUAUACACUCCGCAACAAGGAUGUCAAGGAGGCUCUGAAGGUGUUGUCAUCCCGGAUCCAAAGCAAGGGGCUUUAG